CAAUUAUCAAUGCUGGCUACGCCACUGAACAUUUCAUUUAGAUUUAUUAACGCAUCCGACUUUUCUAAGAAAUUCAAUUUUUGCUGCCUCUUAAUGCUCCCGUAUUCCAAAAAGUUGCCUUAGGUAUAAACCAUUGAUCACACAUUGUUUAUGCUCUCAUAUCCGUGCAAUAAUAACGCCAAGGCAAAGCUUAUUAAUCAACCAUCUUAUAAAAAAACUCCGUAGUCAAAAGAAAAGCAAAGCCUGCAACUUUGACGCAAGAAGGCUCAUUUGUGCAACCGGUAAUUCGUCUUAAAAAAAAUAAUUGGCGCAAGGUUACCCACAGGUUACAAUAACAUGCGAAAAAUAUCCAAACUGACUGCAUUAUAUAAAUGUGCCAAAUCAGAAGCAUAACAUUACCCGCCUCACCUCGCAAAGACAGACAUUAACUUGAGUAUCAUUUCAUUGUGUUUUACUAUAAUAUAUUUCAAUGAAGUCUGCGGUAAACUUGAUUAUUGUUCUUUACUUCAUCUAUGCAACACCCCAUAUGGAUGCAAGAUUUCUUGGAGCUCGUUGGGAAUUUGAAUGGUCUGGAGGGACUGAGGAAAUGGUUUACAACUGUUCGUCAAAGCAACAAUGCCCAUCAGGUUAUUGUUGUACUGGUCUUAUCAUGGUGUCAGAAGAUGAAGAUUUGGGCGUUUGCAGAAAAUAUAAAGCUAUUGGAGAACAAUGUGUUGAUAAAAUAUAUCCUGGAGAUAUGAUAUGUCCAUGUGCACGCGGGCUCACUUGUACACGUGAUACAUUCUCUGAAGUUGAGGUCCACACUUGUGAAACUGUGGCUAUACAUCAGGGACCUUGGGGGAUGUUCAAAGAACAAAUGUGAUCAUUUACGGAAACAUAUUAUAUUUAGCUGAAUCAGGGAGUAAAGCAUAUAAUGCUGGCUGAGUAC